AUGUCCGCAACCCUCUCGACGCGUCUCACCCCGUUCCUCACUCAAUUAUCGACCUCUGCGCCCACCAAAGACGCCCAGUCAGCGCUCAUCGAGGAGUUGCGCAAGUUGGUUGAUGAGGAUGUUGAGGGGGGUGGGUCGGGAGCGGUGGCCGAGGACUUGGUCAGGAAGGGAUGGGGGGCGUGCUUCAGUGGCAAAGUGGCUCCCUCGACAUCCCUCUCCCUGCUCCUUCUCCUCCUUCCAUUUACCCCCCUCUCGCUCCCGCUGCUCCUAACCCUCCUUUCCCCUCUCUCGCACCCGUCUCCCCCCGGUCCAUCCUACCCCCUCCAAUCCCUCGCACUCGACUUGCUCCUCGUGCUCAUUGAAGAAGGAUGGGUUAACCCUGAGGCGAGGGAGGGGCUGGAUAGGCUUGUGGGAGUUGUGGAGAGGGGACUGGAGUUUGGGAAGUUGAGGGAGUCAACGGCCGAGUUGUUAUGCCUCAUCGUCCGCCGUCACCACAUCGUCAAACACCGCAUCGACUUCCUCCACACCCUUCUCACCCGCCUCCCCUCCCCACCACCCUCCCUUCACCGCCUACUAGAGACCUACCGCUCUUUCGAGCCCGAACGGGUGUAUCAGGGGAUCGGGCAGCGCCGCUCCACUGUGGGUGGCCGGAGGAAGGAGAGGAAGGAGGUGGAGGAAGUGAGGGAGAGGGUGCGGAGGGCGAGGGAAGCGGCCGAGGAGGAGGGAGGGCCGAGGGCCAAGCGCCGCAAGACCGAGGCGGACACGAAGACCCAACUUCCGCUUCCCAUCACCUACUCGACCGAUCUCCUCUCCCCAACCGCCGUCCCGCUGAGCGACGUCCGCACCCUCCCCACCUUCGCAUCUCGCAUCGAAGACCUCGCUCUCCCCUCUCAAGCAGCCAGCGUGCUGCGGUCCGUCUCGGGGUCGACGAAGCGCAUCAGGGUCGCGCAAGAGGAGGUGGGCGAGGAAGAGAGGGUGAGGAGUUGGUGUCUUUUGCUGAGGGGCGGGUAUGAGAAUGAUCGCGAUCACAUUGAGCGCCUCUCGUCAUGGGUCAUCGCCCAGCUUCAACACGAGUUGUACGACCUCGAGCCAACGGAUGCAGGCGCGAAGCGAGUCGCAGACUUGUUCGCUCGAGUACGCGAGUUGAGCGAGUUCGCAGGGGAACUGCUGGAAGAGUUGGAGCCGUUCCUUGCGGAGUACCUGCAACGCUGGGACGGCUUCACGCAUCGCAAACUCGUCUUCGACCUUUUCGCGCUCAUCAAGCCUUUGCGCUUUGAAGAUCUGUACCACCACUACCUCCGCCCGCUCGAGACGUUUGCCAAAGCCGAUUCUGUGGAAGGCGCGUGGGUCGCCGACUUUUUGGCGUGCUUGACGGCACUCGUGAGUAACUGGGCCGUACGGGACGAUUGGGACGAGACGGUGUCGAGGACCACCGCUUUCGGCGUGCUCGAACCGGACGCGCCGUACCUCGACGCAUUGCAGGGGAUCCUGUCGUUCGCGAACAAGCAGAUCGAGCUGGCUUGCCAGCAACGUCCGCACGACCUGACGAUCCGCUCCGCCUCGCUCGCUUUCUACGAACUCGCCCUCUCGCUCCCACUCGAGUUCGGCUUGCCCGUCGUCGUUCUCCCUUCCGCCACAAUCAUGCACACGUGCUUGUUGAGCAACGAGGUGAUGAGCUUGUCGCGCAUCUGCGGGAUACUCGCUCGGCUCCGCGAAGCGCUCACGGGCGCCUCGACCGCUCUCGAUAUCAAUUCCGAAUCGAAUACCGGCCUAGUAACCGAACUCAACGCCCACCUAAUCGAGUUCGUCGCGACGCUCUGGCAGAAACGGUUCUUGACGCCUGCGGAUCCGGCGCAAUCGAGUCUUGGGUUCAUGCCCGAGGACCUCGAGGACUUGCGGGGGUACGGCGACGAGCGAGGUCAGGCGACUUCUGCGAGCUUCGGACUGUCGACGCAUCCUGCACUUGCGACGCUCGCGAAGGACUGUCUCGCAGUGUUGGCUGUCGAGCGCGGCAAGUCGAUCAGCGGUCUCGUCGGACCGAUCUCGACCAGCUCGCUCAAGCAACUCGCGAAGGAGCCGGACGGCCUGAACAUCUCGUUCAACGAGUUCCGACCAGCUUUUCUCGAGUGGGUGCAGGAGCAGGGCGCGGACGGGCUGAGCGAGUUCCUCUUCUCGAGUCUGGUCAGUCUGGUCAACAGGCGGGCGGCGAAAUCGGGCUCGCAAACGCCGGCGUAG